AUGGACGACUUCUCGGACGAGGAAUUUGAUGGACUGAACGACAUCGCCCUCCAAGAGCUUGAAAACAAUGCCAUCCAACUCACACAGGCCCAGCGCAAGUUCGACGACUCCCAGCCUGCCCAAGGCACCCAGGUCGAAACUUACGAUGAUCUCGAGUUCGAGGAUGACGACCUCGACGAUACCGAGGUGACAAACCAGCUGCUGCCUCCGGUCGCUCGCCCCCUGCCCGACAAGACGAUACCCCAGCACCAAACCCAUCUCGCGAGAAGACCUUCGCUCCAGACCCCGCAGAGAUGGAAUCCUCCUCCUGCUCCCGUCAACCAGCCCGCCAUCUCUGCCCGACCAAGAUAUCCUGCACCUGUCCCGUCCUUUGCUCCUCCAGUCGCCUCGCAACGAUUCAAGACUCCCGUCGGCGCACCUCAUCGCCCUCAGCCAUCCCAAUAUGCCCGACCUCCCCCUCCUUCGACCCGCUACAACCCCCCGCAAUCACAGGCUACUGCCCCGGCAGGGCCGGCGGGCAGCGUCGUUGCCGCUUUGCAGCAACAGCUGAAAGCCCUCCAGGCUGAUCUAAAUGCUGCGCGCGGCGAAGUGACAAUCAUCCGAUCAAACUCCGCCAAAGCCCAACAAGAUCACGCUGCCGAGAUUGCGCGACUCAAGAAACAAAACGCCGAGCAGGCCGCAAAGCAAGAAAGCGCUGUUGAGGCUGCCAUCACGAAAGAAAGACAGGCCACGACCGAGCUGCAGUUUUUGCAGCGCGACUUGAAGGAUGCCGCCAGCAGACCACGCCGAAAGGACGCCGCACCACAGGCUCCUGCACCCGGAACUACAACCCCGAGGAAGACGACCAAGACGUGGGGUAUGGCCGAUGGUUUCGACGACAUGGAUAUUGCUCCGAGCCCUACCAAAACAAGAGGCAAGACUAGGGAUUCUGGCCCAGUGGCUGUUCCGUUGUCAGAACGGACGCCUACUAAAGGCAAACGCAAACGUCCAACCGUUGACAGCCCUGUGAUGGCCCUAGAGGUCCACGCGGGCAAUGUGCCCAUGGCUGACGAUGCCACCGUUACGGCACUGCCUGUUCAGCAUCCGGCUCCAGGAACAAGCGUGCUUCCGUUCGAGUUUCUCCAGGUCAUUCUGGAUCAUGGUUCGCUGCACGGAGAGCCGCCAACUUUUGACAUCCUGUCUCGCUAUGCGUUUCCGUCCGAUCCGGCGACUUCGUUCUCCGCCUUCAUCUUCCGCGAGCUGCCUCUGAUGGGCAAUCCCUCAAACCCUGUACAGCUCCUGGUGGACUUUGCACGCCUCCUCAUUCGCAUGUGGGCACAGUGUCUUGAUGAGACCUACUUGCGUCCCGUUUGGGAUCUCACUUCGUUGCUCUCCUUCACCCUGCAGCUUCAGACCAUGUCUGUGGCUCCCCUAGUGAUCAACGACCUGGUUCCUGUCGCUGUGAACUCCAUAUAUAUGGUUGCCGAAGCACGGUUCAAGAGAAUUGAGACGGAUGGCUCAACUGAGUCCGCCGCAGAAGCCUUGGAGCAAGAUGUUGACUCCACCUACAUCUUGUCACUGCUUUACGCCUCUGCCGCCGCCUGCGCCACCGUUGUGCAAGAAACCGAAAACGGUGCACAAACUCGGCAAGCUGAAUUUUGGCAGCUAAUCACUGUCGACAUGGUGUUAGCAUUGCUGACAUCCAAGCAGCGGCUGGAGGAUGUUGUGGGAAUGCUCGACAUGCUAUGCACCUCAGUCCUGCCCAACUCCAUUGGCCCCAUCGUUCCUGGAAAACCGCCCGAGUUCAUAGCUCGGAUCCUCAUCGAUAGGGUUUCUAUGAACCUUGUCGAACUCCCGCGAGCAGCCGUCACCGGCAGCGAUAAACACGCCGUUCGAUUCGCUGUUCUGCGAACGCUCAUGAAUUUUGCGCGUUCACCGUUUGGAGCACGACAGAUCGCGAGCCACGUCAGUGUUAUACCGCGACUGGUCACAACGUUGGGCGAGCUUGUCGACGGCUUGUAUGACCUCUCUGAUCCUGUUAUAGACGGCAAAGGCGGUGGCUCUUGCUCCUGGCGCAAGGACGGGGCCGUGGACGCUACCCCAGAUGAUCCCCGCGAUAAAGCCGACGACUGGGAAGAUGGCCGCAGCGGUUCUUCCUCGCUGAUAUCCCAGAUCGUAUUGUUGCUGCACACCCUAGCGACCGAUCCGAACACGGCCAACGUUGCGAACAUUCUCUCGAAACUGUCCGUCUCACACGGCGGCUCCCAGCGUUACAUGCUUUCGCUUUCGCGACUCAACUUUUCCGAAGAAGACUUAGUCUAUGAGGCGGGCAUUGAUGCAGACACGGUCGACAGAGCUCACGAACUACUCGAGAUUGGCGUCACUCCAGACGAAGGCGACAGCGUAGCAGAGUCAUUUGGCGUGUAA